AAACUCAAAUGAAAAACUUAAAUGUUCACUUCACUAUUCAGCUGCUGGUUUUUUGUAUAAGACACCUUUAGAGCUUAUUUUAUCAGCCAGCUAGCUGCUUCUGACAGCUCUGCUAUUGCCUUAUAAAGCAUUGUAAAUGAUCUUCUCUUCAGUUUGGCAUGUUUCCAUUAAGCCAGACAGCUUUAACAGAACUGUGGUGUUUUUCUAGGUGUUAUUAAUACAUGUGUGUCUUAUAGCUGAUAUUUGUUAACAUUAAACACAUUAUAAUGUUGCACACUUGGCUUGCAGAGAGCUGUCGUCAUCAUGGUCCUAGAGCCGUCCCCCUCAGCCUGCAGCCAGUCAACAGCAAACAGCAGCGUCUCACAGUAAUACAGCCGCGUAGAGACGCUUUUCAAGGCUUUAUCAACCAUUAAAGACCUCUAUCAAGCUAUAAAGAUGGCCUCUCCUCAGCCUGGCAGCCCACCUCCCACCCCUCCUCCUGCACAGGACGAAGAGAGCCAACAACAAGAGGAAGAGCCGGUGAAGGAUCAUCCGCCUGCGAAAAAACGUGGCAGAAGCAGGCCUCCGAAAGCCAAACCGUCCUUCAAAUGCUCCGCGUGCACGGAGGCUUUCAGAACUCUGUCGGCUCUGCGGAGCCACAAGCUCUCGGCGCACGCGAAGGACCGGCAGCAGCAACAACACUCGUGUUCUCAGUGCACUAAAACAUUCACCAGCAAGGCUCAACUCUCAAAGCACGAGCGCACUCACUCGGCCCAGCGCCCCUUUCAGUGUCCCGACUGUCACAAGGCUUACAAGACACCCACGGAGCUGCGCAACCACAGCCGCUCUCACACUGGGGAGAAACCAUUCGUAUGCACGGAGUGCGGCAAGGCCUUCAUGCAAGCUAUAUGCCUGAGGAUCCAUAUGACACAGCACAGCGGAGAGCGUCCUUACUCUUGCCGUCAGUGCUCUAAGAGCUACCCCACCCAGUCUAAACUGAAGGUGCACAUGCGCUCUCACACGGGAGAAAAGCCGUACUUCUGCGCCGAGUGCGGCAAGAGCUUUGCAGAUCCUUCGGUGUUUCGAAAACACAGGAGGAACCACCAAGGCCACCGGCCGUACGCCUGCGACGAGUGUGGGAAAACCUACACGGAGCUGAAGGACCUGAAAAACCACGAGCGCUCCCACACUGGAGAAAAACCAUACUUGUGCUCCGACUGUGGCAAAGCUUUCUCCCGCUCCUCCUCGCUGGCCUGCCAUCAGCGCAUUCACUCCCAGAACAAACCCUAUCAGUGCGAGCAGUGUGGUAAAGGCUUCACCCAGCUCUCCUCCUACCAGUCUCACCUCCGCACUCACUCUGGCGAGAAGCCGUUCCUCUGCCCGCAGUGUGGCAAGAUGUUUUCCGACCCCUCCAGUUUCCGUCGCCACCAGCGAGCCCACAUGGGUUUCAAGCCGUACCCCUGCGACAAGUGCUCCAAGAGGUUCCGGCAGCCGGCCGACCUGGCCGUGCACGAGCGCGUUCACUCUGGAGAGCGGCCUUACAAGUGUCAGAGCUGCGACAAGGCCUUUGUAGCAUCCUGGGAUCUGCGGCGCCACAUGCUCGUCCACACGGGUCUAAGGCCCUUUUCUUGCACCGAGUGCGACAAGUCGUUCGCAGAGCGCUCCAGCCUCAACAAACACCGCCGCGUGCACUCCGGAGAGAGGCCUUUCAAAUGCGAGGAGUGUUUGAAGUCAUUCGUGGUGUCCUCGAGCCUGCGAAAACAUGAGAGAACUCACCUAGCGGAGCAGACUGAGCAACAACAGCAACAGCAGCAGCAACAACAACAACAACAGGAGACGGAGGCCGGGUCAGCCUCAGGCUUUACCGCCCACACAACUCUCCCUCAGUUCUCCUGUACUCACUGUGAUGCUACAUUUGGAAGCUGGGAUAAAGUUCAGGCACACGAAAGUCUCCACUCCAUCAACUCCGCUCCUCCGGCCGUCACCAAAAUCGUGCCCAUGGGCUCACAUGUGUGUGAAACCUGCCAGACAGAGUUCGCACAGCUGGCGGACUUGCAGGAGCACGAGAAGCAGCAUCCCAAGCCGAGGCCCCACGUGUGCAGCAGCUGCGGCAAAGGCUUCCUCAACAAAUCUGGACUGCGUAAACACCAGAAGAUCCACUCCACCAGCAAACCGCACAGCUGCCCCCACUGUGGCAAAGCUUUCCUGUUUGCUGCCUACCUUCGCAAGCACUUGCGGACUCACGCAGCCGCCCAACAACUCAGUGACUUAAACAUUAUUCACACCGACCCGCUUCCCUCUCCUCCAGCUCCCAGUGAGGUUUCUCCCUCCACUGUUGAACCCAGCGCCAUAUCCCUGACAGUUCCAGUGACUGUACCUGUGACUGCUUUUCAGACUCUGCCAGAGUACUUAGUCAAAGAGGAGGGACUUUAAGCUUCUUCUUUUUCUUUUUUUUUUUACUGUUUUUGAAUUUUGAUUCCACAAAUAUUUAGCCAGUUGCCUUAAAUCUGUAUAGAUGAUGGGUCUGAUGAUAUUUCAAGAAAAUCCUAUACAAGAAACCUUCAAAAAAACUCAAACUAGAGUUUCCUUCAUGUAAAUUGUCAGCGCUUUCUCACUGUUUGGCAUUGCCAUGGUAUUUGAAAGAUGUUACGUACGAUGUUCACGUUUUAAAAUAUAUACUGUACUAUAAGUAGCCUACUGUGACAUUAUCUUAUCUGUUGUAAUCUCUUCAUAAAAAUGUGGCGCAAACGUGUGCUGAUCACUUAUUAAGAUGUUGUGAUUUCAGGUAAAUGUGUUUUUUUUUUAAUGCUUUUUGAGUUCUUUUAAUUUACAUUUUAUUGAAACAAAUAAUGUGUACCUGUUUUACUGUGUAAUUAUUAGUAAGGUCUAAUAUUAUAUAAAUCGUUGAGUAAAAUAAAAGUGGCAUUCCCAAAUCUUCAAUCAGAUUAAUUACAUUUUAUACCAAUAAAAACGUGUAAUGUGUAAAAAGUA